AUGUCACUCCUUAAGCAUGCGAAGCAAUACCUAGCCAACCAGUCAAAGUACGCACACCUCAAUGCCUUUGUCUCACGAAUCGAACCGUCAAAACUGCUCUCUCGAGCCGAGGUCUCCACCAACAACGAUGUAGAGACAGGACCUCACGCUGUCAGCGACAAACCUAUUGCGAUCAAGGACAACAUCUGCACAAAAGAGCUGAAAACUACAGCGUCUUCAGGAAUAUUGAAGGACUUCACAAGCCCAUACGAUGCGACGGUAGUAAAGCUUUUGCAGGAUGCAGGCGCGGUGGUCGCUGGAAAGACGAACAUGGACGAGUUCGGUAUGGGCUCGCACUCUACCCACUCACACAUUGGGCCUGUGAAGAUGCAGAGACACGCGGGUGAAGAGAAGAGUGCUGGAGGCAGCUCGGGAGGAAGCGCUCUUGCCGUUGCAAGUGCGCAAUGCUGGGCAGCUCUGGGAACAGAUACUGGUGGUUCUGUUAGACUACCUGCGGCAUACACAGGUGUUGUGGGGUUCAAGCCAAGCUAUGGGCUGCUGUCGAGAUGGGGUAUUAUUGCCUACGCGAACUCACUCGACACGGUCGGAAUCAUGGGCAAGAACGUUGGUGAUGUCGACGCGGUCUUUAACAAGCUCAACGCCUACGACUCACAAGAUCCCACAUCUCUCCCGCCCUCAACGCGCUCCCGCCUAGAGAAGGGUGGUACAAAGCGAUCAACGCCAUUGCGGAUUGGUAUCCCUUUGGAUUACAACAUUGCUACACUGCAGCCAGCCGUUCGCCGAGAGUGGAUCAGGACGCUGAAAAAAUUAUGGGAAGAUGGACAUAGUUUGCAUCCGGUACGGCUACCGGCAACACAGCACGCACUGUCAGCAUACUACAUUCUGGCACCAGCAGAAGCCUCAAGUAACCUGGCAAAAUAUGACGGUGUUCGCUAUGGCAGCAGAGCAGAAGGCGUCGAUGGCACAUCUGAGAGCGUCUUGUUUGCCAGAACCCGAGGGCAAGGAUUUGGCGUAGAAGUGCAACGGCGUGUUCUGCUAGGGGCUUUCACACUCAGUGCGCAGGCUAUCGACAAUUAUUUCAUCCAAGCACAGAAAGUGCGCAGACUCGUGCAACAAGACUUUGACAAAGUCUUUGCCACCCAGAAUCCGCUUCUUGACGAAACGACUAGCCUGUCUGGAGGAGAAGACAAAGUAGAUGUCAUCAUCUGUCCUACGGCUCCAACGCUUGCACCGUCACUAGCAAGCAUCAAGGAGCAGGACCCCGUCCACGCCUACAUGAACGAUGUAUUUACAGUGCCAGCUAGUCUUGCUGGUCUACCAGCUAUCAGCGUCCCUGUUCAAAUCGCAGAACAGGCUGCGAGACGCGGAGAAGCAAACACCGAGAAUGCUGGAAUUCAGGUCAUCGGCCAAUAUGGCGAUGAUGAACUCGUUCUACAGGUUGCAGACGUUGUCGCAGGUGUGUCACCGACGAGCCAGGCAAAUGCUGGACCAGAGGUGACCUCCUGGGGAGCCAGCACCCUCGAGAACAACGACUCGACUGCUUGA